AUGGAUCAUGGUUGGAUGAGUGCUAAUCGAUUAUGUACUGAGUACGAACAUGUGCUUUUUCUCUGUCCAUGUGUUCGUUGUGCAAAUGAAGAACCAAAACUUUAUAAGAAAGAAAUUAGGGAUCAUCUAAUUUGUGAAGGGAUUUGUCAAAGUUAUACACAAUGUAUAUGGCACGGUGAAGUAGUAGCAAAGCCAAAUGUGUCCCAAAGAAAUAAUGCUAGUGUAGAAAUGGAUGAUCAUCUGGAAGACAUGAUGUGUCAUAUUGGACAAGAUUCGUUUAAGAGGGCACAUGCGUAUGAUACUUUAUGCAGUGACAAGGAUAAACCUUUGUACCACGGUUUCGACAGUAGUAACAGUUUGACGACCAAAGGCACUUGA